CUAGCUUUGGUUGGACACCACGGCUCUAGAAAAAUUAGAAGGCAACAAGUUUAAGGAUUGCUAAUGCACCAUUUUACACUAUGUUCGCAAAGAAUUACUAGGAAAAAGCAAGGAUUGGUUCAGGUACACAGCUUAGGAAUGCACUCUGUUGCAUUACCACCUCUGUCCUUGAGAUGGUGCCAAUCGCCAAUGCUGGGGCGAAGAGGGGGACCAGAAGGCAAAGGGAAGCACUAAUUACAGCCCUAGGCUUGUUUGUUCUCCGAGUUUCUGUUAUUACUGAACUACACCAACCAGGGUCUUUGCAAACUGUCUGCAUGCAGAACUGAAAAAGCAAGCAGAAAAUUGCAAGGGGAAAAGCGUAGCAAACUUUUAGAUGGAACAAAAGCAAAGAUGGUAUAAAUGGCAAACUGGGGCAUUAGGUCCCUGAUGUGUGCUUUUCCAUCUUCGAUAAACAAAUUGUAAAGGUCAAGACUGUACAAGUAAUUUCUCUGGACCGAAGCACCUCACAGAAGGGUUUUUUUGGGGGGGAGGGAGGGGGGGAGAGGACAGAGGAAGUCUGCAUUAAAGUAGCAAGAACACUUUUCAAGAAACUUGUGCUUUUCAAGGGAGUGAUUUUAUAACAAAAUCACCCCUCCCCCAUUUAUGUUUCUGCAUUAAAAUAAUGUCAUCAGUAAUGAGGAGGAUUAAGAGGCUUUACUAUGUCCUAGAAACCCCCAGCCCUUCCUACCUUUCUAUAGCACAAACCCACCUGCACACUUCUAAUUCACUGAUCACUGAAUCUUGUUUGCUGUCCCCGGGUCACCACCAUCCCCUUGUUUCAUAGCCGUAAUUGGAAACAUGAAAAUUCUUCCUUAGCAGUGAGCUUCCCCUCACCUUCAUCCUGCCUGCUUGGGCUGGACCCUGCUCUCCUGAGCUCAUCAGAGCACACAAAUGCAGCCACCCACCUCUAGGAGGAAAAUUGAGCUGCAGCCCUGGUGAAACAUAAAGUUUAUUUGACUAAAAGUGACGCAAAAAUUCUUAAAGAGCUCUUUGGCAGCAGAUUAUCUGGAAAUCAGACCAUGUGAGGGGGAUUGGUGUACAAAAAGCUCACCAAGAUGCUGAGUUGCCCACAGGCUGUGUUUCAGAGGCUCUGAAGCAAAUGUAGGGUUACGGUUACUCCGGCUUGGAUAACUCCAAGGGGAAAGCACCUCAAAUUCAUCCGAAAGGCAGCUGUGCAUGUCUGCAGUCCAGUGCGCGUGAAGACUGGUGAGGACCCAGCGGCCCGGGAAGGACAGAGCUUCAAGCAGCCACUUGACACAAAGGGAUUCUGAGCCAGGUCACUCACAAAUGGGCAGCAGCACCAGCUGUUAACCAGCAGAAUGGAGAAGUCAUCCAGCCCUGAGACCCAGCUUCUUAGUUCUAAGAAAGAGCCCUUGGACUGCACGGCAGGAGAAGACUGCACAGAAAAUGGACUCCUGCUCAGGACCCCUAACUCCUCCCUGCAGCUGGUGGAGGACGGGAAUAAGGCCCACCUGAGCCAGGGAGAGAAAGAAGCAGCAGGUCAGAUCUCCAAUGGCUACUCCGUGGUUCAGAGCCCAGUGCCUUGCAAUGGAAUAGGAGAAGGAGACGGCCCAUGCACUGCCCCAGCUGCCACCACUACCACCACUACUUCCACCACUUGUGGCAUGGAGGCUCAGCCGCAGCUGAUGGAGCUGGAGGAAAGAGAGACCUGGAGCAAAAAAAUGGACUUUCUUCUCUCGGUCAUUGGCUAUGCUGUGGAUCUGGGCAACGUGUGGCGAUUUCCUUAUAUAUGCUACCAAAAUGGAGGAGGAGCGUUUCUCAUCCCAUACACGAUCAUGGCCAUCUUUGGAGGCAUCCCUCUAUUUUACAUGGAGCUAGCCCUGGGCCAGUACCACAGGAAUGGCUGUAUCUCAAUUUGGAGGAAAAUUUGUCCUAUUUUCAAAGGAAUUGGCUUUACCAUCUGCAUCAUAGCUUUCUAUAUUGCCUCUUACUACAAUACCAUCAUGGCUUGGGCCCUCUACUACCUCGUUUCAUCCUUCACGGCGGAGCUGCCAUGGACUAGCUGCAAAAAUGCUUGGAAUACAGGCAACUGCACCAAUUAUUUCACCAACACCAGCGUUACCUGGACUCCACACUCCAUCUCCCCAGCAGAAGAAUUUUACACCCGCCACGUUCUCCAGGUGCAAAGGUCCAAAGGGCUGGAUGAUCUAGGAGGCAUUAGCUGGCAACUGACUCUCUGCUUGAUGUUGAUUUUCACUAUUGUGUACUUCAGCAUCUGGAAAGGGGUCAAAACAUCUGGCAAGGUGGUAUGGGUGACUGCCACAUUCCCUUACAUCAUACUCUUUAUCCUGUUAGUACGAGGGGCCACGCUGCCUGGAGCCUGGAGAGGGGUUGUCUUCUACCUGCAGCCUGACUGGCAGAAACUCCUGGCCACUCAGGUCUGGGUGGAUGCUGCAGCUCAGAUUUUCUUCUCUCUUGGUCCAGGUUUUGGGGUCCUACUAGCUUUUGCCAGCUACAACAAAUUCCACAACAACUGCUACCAGGAUGCACUGGUUACCAGUACCGUGAACUGCAUGACUAGUUUUGUGUCUGGAUUUGUCAUUUUCACUGUGCUCGGAUAUAUGGCUGAAAUGAGGAAUGAAGACGUGUCGGAGGUUGCCAAAGAUACCGGGCCCAGUCUUCUCUUCAUUACCUACGCUGAGGCCAUUGCAAACAUGCCAGCUUCAACUUUUUUUGCCAUUAUAUUUUUCUUGAUGCUGCUCACUCUGGGACUAGACAGCACGUUUGCAGGGCUGGAGGGGGUGAUCACUGCAGUGCUGGACGAAUUCCCACACUUCUGGGGCAAGCGCAGGGAAUGGUUUGUCCUGGGUCUCAUCAUUGCUUGCUUCCUGGGGUCAUUAACAACCCUGACGUUCGGUGGCGCAUAUAUGGUGAAGCUGUUUGAAGAAUAUGCCACAGGCCCAGCUGUCCUCACCGUGGUGUUUCUGGAAUCCAUUGCAGUGGCUUGGUUCUAUGGAAUCACCCAGUUUUGCAGUGACAUGAAGGAAAUGCUGGGUUUCACUCCAGGCUGGUACUGGCGCAUCUGCUGGGUAGCAAUCAGCCCCAUCUUCCUUUUGUUCAUCAUUUGCAGUUUUAUGUCCAGCCCUCCAGAUCUCCGCCUUUUUGAUUAUAACUAUCCCUACUGGACCACUAUCGUGGGUUACUGCAUAGGGACCUCCUCUGUUAUCUGCAUUCCGAUCUACAUGGUUUAUCGGUUGAUAAUCACCCCCGGGACAUUGAAAGAGCGUAUUCUAAAAAGCAUUACCCCGGAGACAGCCACAGAAAUUCCCUUUGGGGACAUCCGCAUGAAUGCAGUUUAAGUGAACACUUUUUGGGGAAGGGAAAAGGUGUAAGUUUAACUUUUCCCCACCCCUCCACACUGCCCUUUCCAAAGAAUUGAGUUUCCAGCUGAGCCAAGGAAUGGGAGGGCGUUUUCCACAGAGGCCCAGACUACGGCAAUGUGCUUGAAAGUUGGUGCCUCUACCAUACAGAGCCAAGCAUUUCAACCAAAUCUGCUACGCACUCCACACCAGACCAUUCUUUUUGAAAACACGAGGCUGUGUGCAUGUGAGAGAAUGAAGUUACUCCAUGCAUGGGCCACGGGGCUGUAUGAAAGCGUGUACGACUGCAUAAACCACUAGAGGAUGAAUCUCAUCAGUUUAGGAUUAGAUCUAGACUCUCAAACCUGUGGCAGUACUCCUGUAUUUUUUUUCAAUGUGAUCAUUUGUACUGGACCAUGUUGUAUUUGCUUCUAAAGAUCUCAUUGCUUAAACCAAGUUGAAAAUACAGGAAAAUAGUUCUUAUAGCCAUAUAUUACCUGAGUAAUACGAGUGUUAUUGCUUAAAAAUAAUAGGAUCCUUGUUUUGCUGUGGAGUAGGCAGGCAAAGAUAUAGGAAACAACCUUGGAAAGGAAUCUGUAUGAAGAUAAUGCGUACUGUGGCACACCAUUUAGUAGUCUCCUUCCUCCUUUAGCCCACUUACUUUUCUGCACUUUAUGGACCAUUUUAUUAGCUGUUUCUUGCAUAACAAGCCCUCCACAAAGAAGUUAUUUUUAAAAUUCUGGGCUUCAGAAAAUGCAGAUCCUCUUCCCCUAUUAUUCUCCUCUGAUACCAAUUAUAUAAAACCCUCAGCCCCUCUGAGGUCAGCUUGCAAAUAUUCAAAUUGUUAACAACUGCUACAGGCCAGUGCACUCUCCCUUCGCUUUUGGUUGUAUAUUCAUGAUGACAUUUUACACACGUAUUGAUUCCUUUGGAAACUGUAACCCAGUGGUGAAGUGUUUGGAGGUCAGAUGCCAAAGGUCGGACCAUCAGUGCAACAGACUUGUUAAAGCUCGUUUGUAAGAAUCAACCUGUGGUAUUGUUUCCCUGUUGCAAAACUAAAGCGUAGGGUGACACUUCAUACUGAUUUCACAACGUUUUGUAAGAACUUUGUGCCAAAGUUACUCUCAUGUACUAAAUAGCUCAGAAGAUAAAGAGAACGAAUAAAUAAUGCUAUCUUACUCUGUAGAAUUGUAUUCACCAUUGGCCCAAAGAUGAAUUCUAAUUUGAUAAAUACAGGUUGAACCUCUCUAGUAUGGCACCCUCGGGACCUGAGCGGUGCCAAACCAGAGAAUUUGCCAAACCACGGGAGGUCAAUAUGGUCUAGCAGCAUUACCAGCACUUCCACUGCUUAUUGGGCUCUUAAUUUAACCCUAAAUUGAGAGCCAGGACUAGUGGCUGUAAACACUCUACAUUUUCAUCUUCUCUCACAAGACGUUUCUGCUUAUGCUUACAGACAUCCACCUCAAGAACACUCUCUUACACUUGAGCUGUAAACUUAAAAUUACUUGCCAUGUCACGCUCUAGCUCAGCUCAUUACAUGGCAAUAAUUUGAGUGAUGACUGAUUAAUUCUGUCCCAACUGCUGGUAAAGGGUUACUAGGACCACGUGUCAUUUUUAAAGGGAAUAAUGUCUCAUGGUACCAUGAGAAAGAUAAAUUGCUAAUUUACUCCUUGCAAGUUAUUAGACGCAGCUUCAUUUUACCCCUCAUGUAUAUUUAAAAAUAGCUUGUACGAGGGCCUGAAUUUUGAGAUGACACACAGAGCGUAGCUGGCAGGAUUGGAGGAAACUGAAACACGUCAUGGGCUAUUUUAAUUUUGAUUAUUAGAUGUUUGUAUACACUCUAUAAAUAUGACUACCCGGAUAACGAGAAAUCAUUUGGUACAACUGUCAAAAGUUCAGCUUUUCUGUCGUAAGUUCAUAUAUUUUCAGCAACGAAGGGACAGGGUGAGGCCUUUUAUAUUCCCUGCAUCAAGUUUCAGAAGGAAGAAGCUUUACCGUAUCCCCUCUAUUCUACCCAGUUAGGGUAUGUCUACACUAGCUCGUUAGUUCGAGCUAGGUAGGCAAAUGAGGGCAACCGGAGUGGCAAAUGA